AUGAGGAGUAUACAUAUUUGCAAUAUCAUAAAAAGCACAAGGUGUCAAACUAUACAUAGCCUUGUGGUUUUGGGAAGGAGACAGCAUAGUUCUCUGGAGUUCGGCCUGAUAUCGUUGGUGGAGGGGUUAUACAUAUCUUCUUCCCCAAGUUACCCCCCAGAAAGUCGUCUGAACGACCACUGUUCGAGACCAAAGCUGAGGUUGGGUCGUCAAUAUCAUUAUCAAGUUCAUUCUCCAAAUUAUCACACCCUACCAACAUAG